AUGGCGAACAAAAUUCUCCUCACCGCGGCACUGGUCAAUGUCCUCGUCAUGGCCAGUGGGGUGCUCAUCCUCGUGGCAUCCCUCGUGAUCCGCUCGCAGGCCAAUCGUCCCAUGACAGACGGUCCUUCGGUCCUGUGCAACCUCAUUUUCGUUCGACUCCCUCUCGAUGCUGGCAUCGCAAAUGGCGUCUUUAUCCUGAUCGCGUCGGUCUUCUCCCUCCCGGGCCUCCUGAUGCAAUCGACCAGAGGAUGGCUCAAGCUCUACGGGUACAUGGUCACUGUGUGCGGGCUGUUCACCAUGUGCCUGGGAGUGUAUCUCUGGAUCAUGACGCUGAAAAUUGGCGAGGGUUUCCAGAGUGUGUAUGAAGAGCUCGACCCCGACUUGCAAUCGCUCAUUCAGACGGAUUUCCAAUGUUGCGGAUACAUCAACAGCACGACGCCCGCUUUCGUCACCGACCCCGUGUGUCCCAGUCCAGCGGCGGCUGCAUUGUUGCGUGGCUGUCAAGCUGCGGUCUCCAGCUUUGCUAAUACGUUUCUGGACAAGUUCUUCACAGCUGUGUUUGGCGUUGUCGGCCUCGAUACCGUCUCGGUCUUGGCAACGGCCGCCCUCUCGAAAGACCGCAAGGACAAGCAGUGGUAUCGCCGACUUGAUAGCAAAGGCGCAUCGUGGUAG